AUGGCCAGACUGCUCUGGUUACUGCUUCCCUUUAUUGGGAGCAGUCUUGCAAAAGAAGGUUCCGUUGCCCAUUCUCUCAUUAAUUCUGCCUCUGGCCAUGACACUCUUUCCACUGUAUCUUCCCUUCCUGUCUCCCAUCUGAAUGGUCUCCAUAAGAGAGAUGCUCGUCUUUCUCUUGACUCUUCUCCCUUUACACCCCAAAUCAACCCACUUGUUCGGCGAUCUUCAGCAUGUAAGCCUAGGAGGGAUUCCCAGGGUGACCCUGUGUUUACCGAAUCGUCAAUCGCUAUAACCCACUCAACAACUACGACCGAGCUUGUUGGCCUCACUACGUUUUUGACUGGCUCUUCUAUUUCUGCAACAUCUGAAAGUACCGUGGACUUAGCCUCAAGUGGAACAUUGGUCUCCAGUGCUGCUACUUCUGAUGCGACAUCGACAGCUACUGUCAGUGAUGUAGAUGGAAACACUGCCGGUGGAUCAUCCACUGAGAUCUCGUCAACUACUGAGACAUCAACCGACACCGACACAUUUAUAUCUAUACCUAUCUCGGAGUCAAGUCUGAACUCAGCCAGCAGCGACAGCGUAUCACUUUCGACCACCGAAGUCAGCUUGGAAAUCUCGAGCGAGGGUACAACCACAAAGGUCUUGUCUACCGACGAUUCGAGUGCCGCUGCUGCAGGCACUACCGCCAUUGUUGAUAUUAACACUACUUCUGAUGCCACCGCUACUACCGACACCACCAUUGUUACUGGUACUACUACUGCCACUGUCGACACCACCGCUGUUACUGGUACUGCCAGUGCUGGCGUUGACACUACCACUGCUACUGGUACCGCUGCUUCUGGUUCCGGUACUACUACUGGUGAUACUACCGCUGCUUCUGGUUCCGGUACUACUACUGGUCUCGAUACCGCCACUGUUGCUGAUACUACCACUGGCACCACCACCGACGCAUUCAAAUCAGAAUCUUUUACUGUCGGGCCCAUCACUGCAUCAUCAGGCCUUACAAGCGAUACGACAUCAUUUGAGCUUAGCGUGAACGUAGCAUCCUCUGAGACAAGCGGCACCUUCACAUUUUCUCAGGAGACCCAAUCUUCUGAGGCAUCACUUUCCUUGACCCAAUUUCCUUCCUCAUCUACACUCGCUUCAUCAGACCCAACAACUACAUUAGAGAGUGUAGUUUCAACAUCGACUGACUCUCCUUUAGUACUCACAGUAGCCGUCGACGGCAGUGGAGAUUACACAGCCAUCAAUGAUGCCAUCAAGGCAGCUCAAACAAGCGGUUACCCUACUGUCACUGUGCUCGCUGGUACAUAUACCGAAAACGUCGUUAUAGCAGCCACACCUACCGUCACUAUUGUGGGCGAGGCAUCAAAGAAGCGCGACGGUUCCUCGGGUGUAGUUAUCGACAAUGGUGGCAACUCCAACCCCGCCCUCUCAUUCAGCACCGCCUCAGCUGCUGGGAUUACAUGGAGGGGCAUCAAGUUUUUGAACUCUCUGGCUGAUAACUCGGUUGGCGCUGUUUUCCUCCGUGGUUCAAAGAAUGCCUUUUACAACUGUGAAAUCGUCUCUGCUGGUAUCGCCGCCAUCACUGGCAGUUACGCAUCCGCAAUCGUUGCAAACUCCUACCUUGAGGCCCAAGACAAGGUCAUUUACAACUACCCUUCCGUUUAUCUGUAUGGAACGACAAUCACAGCGACCAAGUCCAACGGACUUCUUGUAUACAACAAGGGCGGUUUAUCUGGAACUACCAUGUACAACUCGACCGUCGUGUUUGACACUUGCCAAGUUGUCAAGAAGAGCGGAGCCACCAACAAUCGCGUUUUCCUCGCUGCAGGAAAUGGUGAUGGCUCUGUGGUCGUUUACCGUGAUACCAACUUGGCCUCAGGUUUCUUGGCUGCCUCCGGUGUCUAUGUUGACGCCAAGACACAGUCUCCCUUGAACCGCUAUGUCGAGUUUGGUACGACCGGUGAUGUGACGGAUCGCUCUAAAUACGUUACUUUAAUCACGGAUCCCAAGGAUCUGUCUGACUAUGAAGUCUCUGCGCUCUUCAAGAGUGCCUAUCCUAGUGUGGCUGUCUCCUCAGUCGAUUGGAUUGACUCUUCUGUCUUCAGUUCCAUCAAGGCCAGCAAUGCCAAGGACUUUAAGGAUGAAACAACUACAACCACUGCCGCUCCAACUGAUCUUUCUUCAACCGAGUCCAGUUCUCCGACAACCACUGAUGUCUCAUCUGAUGCAUCAUCAGUCACGUCGUUGAUCACCUCUUCUGGCGCUUCAUCAGCCACUGCUUCUGUCGCAACCACCACCGAAGCAGAAGAUGCCACGACAUCUGCAGAACCCACUCAGUCAUCCUGCGCCUUACCUUCUGCCGUGCCCAGCACAGCCUUGGUCGUCGGCCCCAAGUCCAACCCAUGUGCUUCUUAUGACACGAUUGCGUCUGCAGUUGCUCAGCUCCCUAAAGACGAUACCUCUCAGUACAUCUAUAUCCUCGCGGGUACGUACCAAGAGAAGGUGAACAUCCAGCGAGUGGGCUCCACUGUUGUUCGUGGCCAAAGCAGCGAUGGCUCUUCGUCCAAGAACAACAAAGUGACCAUCACCUCCAGCAGCGGUGUCCUGUCCAGCAGUGGCGGAUCCUCUGGCACAGCUACAUUCUCUGCUAGCCAGUAUGAGACCAAACGUGUCUCAUUCUACAACAUCAACUUCGAGAAUGCAUUUGCGGCUGCUACCAACAAUGUAGCUCUAGCUGUCUAUGCUAAGGGCAAGGUGGCUUUCUAUGGAUGCGACAUCAAUUCAUCACAAGGAACCCUCUACCUUGAUUACGGUAGCUUCUUCGUUAGUCACUCAGUCCUGCGAGGAACUACUGACUUCCUUUGGGGCCAGGGCGCUGGCUAUGUCUACAACUCUAUUAUCGUUUCCAAGGGAACGGCAACAGGUCAGGCCAUCGCCGCUCACAAAUUCCAGGGCCAAUAUGGAGGUUCGCGAUUUGUGUUUGAUCUUUGCGCUGUUGUGCCUGAGGCCAACUCUGUGCCUGAAGGUAGCACCUUCCUUGGUCGUGAUUACAGCUCCAAGUCCAAUGUUGCCUACGUCAACUCCUGGUUUGAUGCUCACGUCGCUCCUUCCGGAUGGAAAGUCUCUUCUCCUUCGACCUUUACUGGCACAUUUACCGAAGGAAACAAUACAGGCCCUGGUUGGGAUGCCUCCUCUCGCAUCUCUGCUGCGACUAUUGUGGAUGACACGUCUUCAUUCAGUGCGGCUUCUAUCCUCGGAGGAGAUGCUUGGAUUGACAAAGCUGCCAUCGCGCCUUUCCAGGGAUGGCCCGACUCCAAGUAUGCCAAGGAUGAGACUACUAAUUCGGCAACUGCCACUGCUACCGCCUCCGCUACAUCCACCACAGAAGCUGUUGGCUCUACCCUAACUGUCGCCCCAUCGCCCACCGGAGACCAGUUCAAGACCGUGGCAUCUGCCCUUGCGGCUAUCCCCGAUGAUGGUGAGGAUUAUACCGUCUUCAUCAAGGCUGGUUCCUACAACGAGCAGCUCAAGCUCAACAGAGGUCGCGGUCGAGUCACUCUUCGUGGUGAGACCAGCUUUGAGAACGAUUUCACCCAGAACCAGGUCCUCAUCUGGUUCAAGUUGGGCUAUGGCACUGGUGAGUCUCGCAACGAAGAGACUCCUGUCCUCUUCUGGAAGACUACCACAUCAUCAGCUGGACUCUCGCUGUACAACCUCAACUUCACCAACACUUACCCACAAACUCGGGACACAGCCGCCCUUGCAGCUGACUUCUUCGGCAACAACAUGGCCGCGUACGGUUGUGCAUUCUCUGGCUACCAGGAUUCUGUCCUCGUCAACCAAGGUGUGCAGGUAUUUUCCAACAGUUAUCUUGAGGGCUCAGUCGACUUCAUUUGGGGUUACAGCAAGGCCUACUUCCACCAGUGCUACAUUGCAUCGAACACACCCAAUGCAUACAUCACCGCGCAGAACCGCAAGUCUUCUUCAUGGGCUGGUGGCUUCGUCUUUGAUACCUGCAAGGUGACCUAUACUGAUAGUUACGGCUCCACCUUCGGCACAACUUCUCUUGGUCGCCCUUGGUCUCAGUACGCUUUGGUCGUGUACAUGAACUCCUUCCUAGACAAGCAUAUAUCUAAGGCGGGCUGGUCUACUUGGUCUAUAAGUAACCCUCAGAUCUCUGAUGUGUUCUUUGGGGAGUACAACAACGUUGGACCAGGCAACUGGACCUCUUCCCGCGCAAGCUUUGCGACAAAGCUCACAGAGUCCCAAGCUGCGGCUUACUCUUUGGGUUCCUUUAUCGGAAGCACUAGUUGGCUUGACAUGAAGGCGUACAAUCUUGCACCUAGCUACACAAUCGGUCAAUCUGAUGCAGCUGAACCGGAGCCUGAGGUUACCUGGCCAUCCCACCCUUCAGACGGAACGACACCUCCCAAGGACGCAGUCCUUGUGUCUGUUGACGGAGAGAAGUCGGGCUCAUACUCAAGUCUCACCGACGCGCUCAAGAGCCUCCCCAAGGAUUCGACCUCUCAAGUCAUCUUCAUCUACCCUGGUACAUAUGAGGAACAGGUUCCAUCCAUAAACCGACCUGGUCCUGUCACUAUCAUCGGAUACACUGAGACUGAACCCGGAAAGACAUACACCAGCAACCAAGUCAUCAUCACCCAGGCUAAGGGACUUUCGGUCUCGGGAACAAUUCCUGCAGGUCGUAACAACGCAGACACGGCAACAAUUGCAACGGCCAGCAUCAAGAUCGCCUUUUACAAUGUCAAGUUUAUCAACACUGAUAAUCUUGAUGGUGCGGCGCCUAGUUAUGUCACUCUCGCUGCCAGUGUCUAUGGCGAUAAGAUCGGCUUCUACGGCUGUUCUUUCAUUGGAUGGCAGGACACUUUGCUCACAGGAGCCACAGCGGGCUAUCAGUACUACGAAAGCAGUUACAUCGAGGGAGCGAUUGACUUUGUCUGGGGUUACAGCAAGGCUUACUUCAAGGGCUGUACCCUUGCUGCCAAGCGUGCUAAGUCAGCCAUCACUGCGCAGAGCCGCAAGGACACGAACGCGAUCGGCGGCUACAUUUUUGACCAAUGUCUUUUCACAGAGGCUACCUCAGCCACGGCUGACUUGACAGGACAGGUGUAUCUCGGCCGCCCUUACAGUGCCUAUGCUCUUGUCGUUAUCAAGAACAGUUAUCUGGAUUCCACAAUUCAACCUAGUGGGUGGAAGAUUUGGUCUACGACUGAUCCUCGUACUGAUCAUGUCACUUUUGCGGAGUAUGCCAACGAAGGACCUGGAAGUUGGGAGAAGAACUCGGCGGCGCGUGAGGCAUUUGGCUUCGCUACCCUUCUGACCAAGGAUGACUAUGCUCUGGACUCGGUCAUGGACAGCACUGAUUGGAUCGACAAGACUUUCUGGGACUCAAUCGUGACUCCAAAGUCCAGCACACCAGUCGUUCCUGUGCCUGAUCCAAACGCUAUUUACAGCGGCAAGACCCCGCCUCCUGGUGCUUACAUUGUGUCCAAGGAAGCCAUCGAUGGAGUCACCACUUACAGCACGAUCCAAGCUGCGAUCGAUGCUCUUCCCGUCUCAAACAAGGUUACCCCAACUGUGUUCAUCUAUCCUGGUACAUACAAGGAGCAGAUCGUUCUCAGCCGAUCAGGGACUACAUUUUUCAUUGGAUAUUCUGAGUCUCCAGAUGACUACACCAAGAACCAGGUCAUUAUUACAUACGACAAGGGUAUCGACACGCAGGCAGAUGCGUCCAACUCUGACUCUGCCACUUUCUAUGCUACUGGAAACUAUUUCCAAGCUGUCAACAUCAACUUUAUGAACACAUUUGGCACGGCUACCAACUACGCCAGUCUCGGAUUUGCGGUCAAGAGCAGCAAGUUUGCUUCGCUUUAUGGUUGUCAGGUAUACGGAAACCAAGACGCUCUCUUGGUCAACGGUAACCUUUUCGCAUACAACUCAAUCAUUACUGGAAACAUUGACAUGAUCUGGGGUUCCGGAGCUGGAUAUUUCCUCAAAUCCACCAUCGCGCCAAACAAGGACAAGAUUGCAUUGACAGCGAACAAGAAGGGAACUAACACCGGCCCCAACGGCUUCGUGUUCGAUCAAUGCACCGUUGCCCCCGCAGACGGAGCUUCCUACUCGACUAUCUACCUGGGUCGACCCUGGGAUCAAUGGGCCCGCGUUGCGUACAUCCAAACUGAGCUGAGUGCAGCUAUAAUCGAUGUGGGCUGGUCUGCAUGGACCAAGUCAGAUCCUAGAACUGACAAUGUUAUUUUUGGCGAAUUCGACAACUCUGGACCGGGAGCUUCAUCCGGCAACCGUGCUUCUUUCGCUAAACAGUUGUCAAACGAGGAAGUUGCGCAAUUCCAAAUAGGGACCUUUUUCCCUUCCACGAGUUGGAUCAACAUGACUCUCGUGCACGCGACACCUUUCGAUGCAGCUGUUGCCGCAACCCAGACUAUCAGUUCGACAACUGUCUAUACUACUCAGACCGUCACAUCGUCCCAGACUUUGUUUACUACGACAACGGGCGCUGAUGUGACUGUCACUGAUAAGACUACCUUUACCGAAGACAUUGGAACCACAAUCACGCCUGAUCCUACGACCAAGACCACGAUCGAGAAGACAACCAUUACUGAAGCGGCUCUAGUUACACAAGCUGACAAGGUUGUCACGGUCAAGUCCACGGAGAUUGUGGAUGUUGGCAAGACCAUCACGCCUGCUGCCGUUACAUCAACCUCCACCCAAAUCGUUGAUGCGACCGUUACUUCCUGGGUCACAUCAUCCGCCAAGGCUGUCACCGCAACUUUAACGACUACAGCUGUUACGGUCACGCCCAAGUCGGUGACUGAGACUGUCGUUGAGAGAACCACAGUUGUCAUUAGCAAGACCACGACCCCCAAGGCCCUCACCGUCAAGAGUACGACGACUGUGACAGUUGGCACUGGUGGUGUCACCACGACAUCCUUGAAGGCAACGACAGUCGUGUCUACUGUCGUAACAACGUCCGUCAAGACUGUCAGCAAGACUACUACUCUCAAUUGCAUCCCCACACAGGACAAGCGCGACUUGAGUAUAGAAAAGGUUAUCAAGCCUCGAGCUGCUGUUGUUUUUGGCAAUCCCUCUGUCAAUCUAGUCUCAGGUCUCACCCGUCGCGAACUUGAUCUCGGAUCGAUCAACCUUGAAGCACGCGCAGCCGGUCUUUCUUCAGUCACAGUCACUCUUUUCUCCACCUUCACUACCAACGUCAAGACUUCCACCAUGGCUGUUCCCGCUAGCACAACCACGACCAAGGUCACCACAACAAAGACAAUUGGAAAGACAAGCACUCUCAAACCAGCGACCGUCAUUGAUGUGUCUACUUCGGUGGCAACAAGAUACGCCACCUCCACCAUCCCAGGAUCGACAUCAACUACUACAGUCGUCUCCACCAAGGAAACUGGCAAGACCUCAACCCUUAAAGCCUCUACCACCACUGUUGUCGUUGCUUCUACUUCAGUCGUUACAGCUAAGAGGACAUCCACUAUUCCCGGAAGCACCGUCACUAUCCUAAAGACAUUUUCCACAACUCUGCCCUCGGGAACUGUCAAGGUCACUACGACUAGCACUGUUAAGCAGACAUCUGCUGUAACUCUGGAUCAGGACACUGUCACAAACUGGACAACUGUCAAAUCUACAUUGAGGCCUUCCAGCACUGUGACUGUGAGGAGCACUGUGUCCAAAAUGAGCACAUCGGUGUUGAGGGAGACAAAGACUAAUUGGGCGACAAAGACGAGCAGGGGCGCGGCGGCUUGCACAAACUAA